ACGCGAGGAAUGUAAUCCGUGCCCAAUGACCUAUCCUCUACCCGCGUACGACGCGCUGCAAUUUGGACUACCGAAUUUCAUCCAGGAAAUAUGUACAUUGUUACAGUGAGCGGAGGGAAAACUGAGCUUUCCUUUACUGGCUGUUGAAAAAGCGCCACAAAAAGCCCACGGCGGAUCAAGCAUCGGUAAUCGAUGGGUUGAGAACGCGAGACCGAUGCUCUUACCGAGACUCUUUCCUCUUCUUUUCGUUAUCAUAGCUGUGUAGCUUACCAAUGAGCCAUGCUGAAGGUGGUCGGAGCCUCAUGGCUGCAGACGCGCAUCUCCACCUACAUCCUUAUCGCCGUCGCUCUCCUCGGCAUCGGCGCCAUUAUCCUCGGCGAGUUCGGACAUGUAGAAAAUGAUGGAACUUAUUCGGCUACUGUGUCGUGGAAUCACAAAGGGGGAUACCGCAUCGAUUUUUGGGGCCAAGGUAACGAUCUCACCAACUUGCGACUGAACGCCGCUCGUGCCUACUACAAGACCAGUAUUUUCAAGUCCGGAUGGUCUGUCAUCGAAAUAGAAACAUCCUCCAAGUAUCCGGACGCUGUGCAAGCUUACGCGGCUGGUUUAUUGGAGGGUAGUCUUACUUGGCAAUUAAUUCAUCAUCAUUGGCACAAUACCGUCAACGUCGUUUGCAAGAAAUGGGCCCACGAUUGUCAGAAAUUGAUGCGAUUUCUUCGCGAGAACACCGCUAUUGUUCGGGAACGUGCUGAACUCUUGGCAGCUACAGAUCCAUUUUGGCAUAUGGUGCGUCUGUUUUAUAUCCAACUGGACGGUUUAGAGGCUGGUUGGAGAUUUGCGGUUCGUCGUAGUCUGCAAACGGUGGAAAUGGACUCGGAACAUUUUCUAUGGCUGGCGAUGGCGCCUGAUCUAUUAGAUCACGCGCGAGCGCUGAAUGAUUCCGAUUUCCGUCGCGAUCACGCCAAGAGCAUGAUUUUCCUUAAGAAUUUAUCACGCGACGGUAGCCCAUUGGUAGCUAUCGGACAUCACACUGCUGCACCAUAUGCUAAAAUGUUGAGAUUGCUGAAGAAGUAUACCUUUGGUUAUCAUACAUUGCCAAUUUCGAAGAGCGUCGUCGCACCGGUACCAGGCAGGUCCAUUGUGAUGUCGUCUUAUCCCGGUGCUCUGUCAUCCCACGACGAGUUUUAUUUAACCCAAGGACAAAAUCGCGAGCUUGUUAUCGCCGGAACGCCACUGAUAACCGUUAACCGCGGCCUUUGGAAUUUAACGAACGCAAAAGAUCAAGUGAUGUCAUCUGCGAGGAUAAUGGCAGCGAAUCGUUUAGCGAUUGAUGGACAUUCCUGGUUUCGCAGCAUGUCGCUGCAAGCCGGUGCGGAUGCAGUGCGGCAAUGGGUCGUUUUGCAACCGCGCGGCUCCAUCGUCUGGCUCGUUGAGCAACUGCCGGGGAUUGUUCGCGCGGCGGACAUCAGCAAGCAGUACGCCGAUGACGGUAUUUUUUGGAGCACCGGGGAGGCUCGUCUGCGCGAGACCACAUCAGUCGACGAGAGCGACAAAUAUGAAGGCGACGUGACGAAAAAUGAACUAAUCACGAGACUGAAGAAAAAUGUCACUACGAUGGAGCGCUUCAAGAAAUUCAUGCGAGGGUGUAGUCAUGAGGAAGUUACCGUCGAGAAUGAGGAUCAGGCAUGGAUCCAAUCUUACAGAGGAGAUUUGACGAAACCUGCUGUGCCUUUUGGCAUAAUUGACGCAAAGAUCAUACUGGCCGACGCUAACGGUGUCGAGAGUUUCGAGGCCGUUUCCGGACCAAGCAGGCUUAACUCCAGGGAACCCUUUCGGUGGUCGAAAUCUUUUCCCAAUGUCUCGCAUAUUGGCCAGCCCGACGUCUUUGACUUUGACAACAUUAUUCCUCUGUGGGUUUGGACUUGAGCCGCAUAUCUUCAAAAACGACAUCCGAUUCAAUCAAAUAUCUUGAAACUGGAAAUCCGUCCAAUCGAAAUCUUUGAUUUGAACGAGUUUCGAAACAAGUCUGAUGUAUUAUUGUAAAUCAAAUAACAAAAUAUUUUGUUUUAUAUAAAA